AUGAAUCAUAAUUCAAAAUAUUUUAAUUGGUUAAUUAAAUUAAAAGUUUUAAGUAAUAUUAUUAAUGGUCUUAAAGAAAUUCAUAAAAAACAGAUGGUCCAUCGUGAUUUUCAUAUAGGAAAUAUAUUAUUUAAGGACUUACAUUUAUUCACUUCAAAUUAUAUUUCUGAUAUGGGAUUAUGUGGUGAAAUUGAUAAUAUAGAUGAAGCAUGUAUUUAUGGAGUUAUGCCUUAUAUGGCUCCUGAAGUAUUAAGAGGAAAACCUUAUACUCAAGCAGCAGAUAUAUAUAGUUUUGGUAUGAUCAUGUAUUUUAUAGCGACUGAAAAACAACCUUUCUCCCAUUGUGCACAUGAUCAUCUUCUAGUAUUAGAUAUAUGCAGAGGAAAUAGACCUGAAAUAGAUGAGCCGGAAGCACCUAAAUGUUAUAUUGAUUUAAUGAAAAAAUGUUGGGAUUCAAAUCCUAUUAAUAGACCGAACGCUUCUGAAAUAGAAAAAUUAAUUAUAUCAUUUUAUAAUUCAUAUUGUAGAAAUGAAAUAAAACGAGAUGAUAAUGAUAAAAUUGAAGAACAAUUCAAAGAAGCGGAAAAAUAUAGAAAUUCUAAUAAAAAUAAUAAUCCAACUAUUCAUAUUGAACAUAUUGAAGCAGUUUUUACAUCUCGUUUAAUUAAUCCUUUUACAAAAAAUCUUGAAAAUCUUGAAAAUCUUUCAGAAUUUUUAGAUGAUAAUAUUCAAUGUUUAGAUAAAUCUGUUAAAUCGGAAUGUUUUGACUGUGAAAUAUAUAGACAAUAA